UUUCCUUGUUUUAGGUCCUGCAGAGACUAGCUUCUCCUUGCACCUCACCAUCCUUUGGGCCCCAACAGCAUGCAUCUCCUAUUAUUUCAGUUGCUGGUACUUUUGCCUCUGGGGAAGGCAGGAAGGCAGCAAAAUGGCCGCCACAGUCAGCUUUCUCUCUCCCCUGCACUUGUAGAAAGGAGUCGCAGAGAGCUCCCCAUGGGCAACCACGGGGAAGCUGAGGAGAAGCCAGAUCUGUUUGUGGCAAUGCCACACCUGGUGGGUGCCAGCCCUGCCUUGGAAGGCCAGAGACAGAGAGAGAAGAUGCUGUCCAGGUUUGGCAGGUUGUGGAAGCAGCCUGAAAGAGAACUGCACCUGCCCCAGGAUUCAGUCAGUCGGCAAUUCUCACCUGGAAGCCAGGCCAUCACUCAUCCAAUGGACGAGAGAGAAAUGGAGAAAUCUCCUCUUCGGGAAGAGGCCAAGAAAUUCUGGCACUACUUCAUGUUCAGAAAGAGCCCGGCUUCUCAGGGGGUCAUCUUGCCCAUCAAAAGCCACGAAGUACAUCGGGAGACCUGUAGGACAGUACCCUUCAGCCAGACUAUCAGCCAUGAAGACUGUGAGAAAGUAGUUGUCCAGAACAACCUUUGCUUUGGGAAGUGUGGGUCUGUUCAUCCCCCUGGAGCUGCACAGCACUCCCACACCUUCUGCUCCCACUGCUUGCCUACAAAGUUCACCAUGAUGCACUUGGAGCUGAACUGCACUGGCCUGGCCCCCGUGGCCAAGGAGGUGAUGUUGGUGGAGGAGUGCCAGUGCCAGGUAAAGACAGAUCAUGGAGAUGGACACCUCGGACAGGCUGGCUCUCAGACAGAAUUCCACACUCAGGAUUCCUUUAUUCCUGGAUUUUCAACUUAAAAAAGAUAUCCCAUUAUGACCUUUCACAAGCAAAACCACAACAAAAUUCCUGAUUAUUAGUCUGGAAGUAUUAAGCAGGUACAUGUAUUCGAAGUGAAAGGUGGUUUAAAAAGUAGUGGUAAGAUAGUGCCAUUUAGAGGAAAUGGUGUUGGUUUAGUUAUCAGUACAUGUUUGGAAUCUACUAGUCUUGGCUUUCCUACUAACUGGCUGUAGGAUGUUCACAAAGAGUCAUAGAAGCUCGCUCUGUCUCAAGUUUUUCAUCUAUAAAUGAGGAGAUUGAGCUAGGUGAUUGCAAAGUCCUUCCACUACUAAUAUUCCAUGAUCUCUGGUCUCCAAGUUUUGGUAAAUGCUCUCCAUUUAAAGAAGAAAAAGAAACAACUUGAGACAUAAAGAUGUGCUUCUUUAAUACCUUGUCAAAGCACCAGCAAAAGAGAGUUGAGAUAUUUUUAGAAAGGAUUCCUCAUACUUGUAGCUGCCUUUGCGUUCUAGACUGUGUAUAAUUUGACGUCUAUCAAACAGUUAAGUAUUUUCGUGGAUGUAAGAGUACCUUGCUUGGUAUUUUUGAUACUCCCCAUGUAAAGCUCUUAAUACCAGGUCUCCAGCUUUAAGAAGGAACUUUGAAGUUGCUUUUAGUGGUUUAGAGGGAAGAGGAACAAUCGCCAAUAGCCAAACAAGUAGCUGUAUUAUGGGGGAAGGAAAGAUGUAUGGCCAGUGCCAGGUUUAUAGGGUAACCUAGAGACGGUAAUGAAAGUCAUCGGGGUAUUUCAGUGGACAAUGAAUUGAAUAAACUUCAAAUAAUUUAAAAUUGAGACAAGUUACAUGUGAAAUCCUUUAUGCACCUGCAUUUUGGAUUAAGUAGUAAACAUGGUUUUCUGUGUUUGGGUGACUGGUUUUUGCUACUGCAGAAACAUGUCAUAUGACAAAUUUUAUUCAGCAACUGCUACAAUUUGAACUUCUGAAAAUAUUCUGAAUAUUUUAAGGCAUUAAAUUUUAGUGUAUAAUGCGUUCUGGAAACUUUCUGUGUCAUUCAGAUGUCUAAUAUUUUAUUCUUAUUUCUUUUGUCUGUCUCAAGAUGUAAAGACAUUAUCUGGAGAUUAGUUAGCUAGAAACUUUUGUAAAAAGACUCCAUAGGCUUAUGACUUGGACCAAGGUUUCUUCUACUCUGCAGGGAGCAUUCUGCUAAGAUCCUUCAAUCAGUCUUUUAGCCAUUGCAUUCCUCUCGCCUGUAUUUAUUUGUAUGCACAUAUUGUACGGAACUUUCCCCAGCCCAAUUUCUUUUUCUGCAAUAAUUCUCUAAAAAUUUGUUUUUAAAAAUUAUUUUAAUUAUUUGGAUUCCUUUACUUUCAGUACAUGCAAAAAAGUUUCCUAGAAUAAUUACUAAUUUUUUCCCCCUUAGGAAACCAAUUUAUAUUUUAAUUCUUUUCCUCUUCUGUCAUACCAUCUAACAUGGUGUUCUGAAGAGCAAAUGCAUUUAUAUUUAGUGUAUAUUCUACAACACAUCAAUGUAGUAGAUACAUGCUACAC